AUGACAUCAAUUGCAGUCAAUCUGAAAGCAUCUUUGAAUAUUUUGAUUAACAUGAGUUCAAGUUGCAAGGAAAGCGUCAUAUUUGAUUUGUUGGUUGUUGCUUAUGUACGUGCCUUCACUUCACCACAAUUGCAUUAUUUAAGUCGAGCGUUGAGCGAGAAACAAGUCGAUUUGCAUUAA